AUUUUCUUUGUAAAUAAAGACUCGAUUCUGUGAUCGUAGGCAAUCGGAAUUAGGGCAAAAUACAAUGGCUCCGUUCUGCGUUCGUGAUAUUUUUCGUCGCAAUAACAAACGUUUCAAGUCUAAAUUGAAGAAUGUAAAGAAACACAAAAAGGGUAGACUAAACAACAUGCAAGAGAAAUACGAGAAGCUGGCAGCAGAUAUGGAGGAGAUCAGCGCGGAACAACAGAAUAUAAGAAAAGCACAGAGACUGGUGAGGGAAAAGUUUGAAGGCGUUGCAAAUGAGUAUGAGGAAUUGAAGAGAGAAACUAGAAUCAUUGUCCAACAAACUGCUAGAACCCAAAUCAAGUUAGCUAUCAUGUUCCAAAUUGUAAAGGCUUCCGAACAAGCUGACCACGCUACUGUGGCCAAUCUCACUCAUUUGCUUCGUGAAAUAAUUAGAAGGGAGAAUGAGGAAAGACAAUCAUCAGAUGAUAGUUGAACUGCAAGGAGAAACUUCUGCUCUUAAAAAUAUCAAGUAGGGAAUCCAGUGUGUUAAUAAAGUACUUUCUGUCAAGCAUUAAGGUUUCUAUUAACUUGUUACUGUCUUUAGUUAGUUUAAUCCGUGUUUAGUAUUUUCAGUGACAACUUUUAUAUAUGAAUAUCCUUUCUUAAUGUUGAAUCUUUGUUUGUCUUA